AUGAAAGAAAAGAACCCAUCAAAUGAGUUAGAAAAUGAUAUAAAUAUUAAUAAUGAGGCACAAAUUGAGAGAUUUUCUGAAGAAAAGGACAAUAAAUUUAGAAGAAAUCAAGAAAAAGUUAUAUUUAAUGAGAAUAAUGAGUCAUUAAAAUCUAAAAAAGAUGAAGAAAAUCGUAUUGAAGGAUUUUUUGGUGUUUUGGGUGUUAUGGAUCAAGAUGUUCUUGAAAGAGGUGUUUCUUUAAAGGUUAAUCAUGAAUUUAUUGAGAAUGAUCUUAAGAAUGAGUAUCAACGAUUAGAGCGUUGUACUAAAGAAAAGGAAAAAUUGUUGAAAAAAAUACAGAAAAUAGAGGAAAAAAUGGCUAAAAAUGGAUUGUUUGUAUCGUCUAUUUUAGAAAAAGAAAAAAUUUGCCAAUUUAAUAAUCAAUUGUUUCAUGUUGAGAAAAAUAUUAGGGAAAUAUCCAAGAGAAUAGAAAAUCUUAUUUCUGAAAAGAGAAAAUAUGAUCAAGGUUUAACAGAUGAAAAAUCUUUUAAAGAAACAGAUAGAGAAUAUUUAAUUCGAACUGGAAAAAUUACACCAUUUUCUAAUAUAUCUGGUUUGGAACGUCAAAUUGACGAAGAUUUAGAUGAUUCAAAUGAUAUUUUGAAACCAAUACCUCUUAGAAGAGCCUUAUCUGAAUCUGAGAUUUUAGAUAAUGAUAAUAUUAAUAUUCCUCUUGAGAUACAACAAAAGAAACCUCGUUUAGAAAAUAGCAAUAAUCAAAUAGAAAACUUUCAAAAUUUUUCUGAAACAUUUGAUACUUUAGUAGUCGAUGAGAAUUCAUUUAUUGAAAAUGUUCAAGAUAAGCGCCUUAAUGAAUGGGUUACUCGUAGAAAGAAUGAUAGAAUAAAGUAUAAUAUAGUAAAGCAAGAACCUGAAAUAUAUGAUGAAUUAGAAGAAUGGUUUCAGCCACAUCCAACUAUUAAAGAUUAUAAGUUUGAAGGUUAUUAUUCUUUACCUGGGGAUAUUCAUCCAAGUUUGUUUAAUUAUCAAAAAACAUGUAUACAAUGGUUAUGGGAGCUACAUUGUCAAGAAGCUGGGGGAAUUAUUGCUGAUGAAAUGGGUCUUGGAAAAACCAUUCAAAUAGCUGGGUUUCUUGCAGGAUUACAUUAUUCUCAAAAACUUUCAGGUCCUAUUUUAAUUGUCUGUCCUGCAACAAUAAUGAGACAAUGGGUUAAUGAAUUUCAUCAGUGGUGGCCUCCUUUUAGGGUGAUUAUUCUACAUACAUCAGGGAGUGGUUUGGUAAAUAUAAAACAUGAAUUAAAUAAAAAUUAUAAAUCUUCAGAAACUAUGAAUUCAAAUUUUCUUAAAAAAAAUGUAGAAAAAAUUAUAAAAAAAAUUAUUACUUUAGGUCAUGUCCUUAUUAUAACAUAUUCUGGAUUACGUAUAUAUAAAGAAUAUCUUUUACCUAAUAAAUGGGCAUAUUGUAUUCUUGAUGAAGGACAUAAAAUUAGAAACCCUGAUUCCACUAUAUCGCUUAUUUGUAAACAAAUUAAAACUCCUCAUAGAAUAAUUUUAUCAGGCACUCCUAUACAAAACAAUCUGGAUGAAUUAUGGAGUUUAUUUGAUUUUAUAUUUCCUGGUCGUUUAGGAACAUUACCUAUAUUUCAAAAUCAAUUUGCAAUACCCAUAAAUAUUGGUGGAUAUGCAAAUGCUAGUAAUAUUCAAGUUCAAACAGCCUAUAAAUGUGCAUGUGUACUCCGCGAUCUUAUAAGUCCAUACUUAUUAAGAAGGAUGAAGGCCGAUGUAGCUUCUGAUCUACCUAAUAAGACUGAACAGGUCUUAUUCUGCAAAUUAACAAAAUUUCAAAAAGAAGCGUAUCAAUCUUUUCUAAAUUCUAAAGAUAUGGAUUUGAUUUUAAAUGGUGAAAGAAACGUAUUAUAUGGAAUAGAUAUUCUUCGAAAAAUUUGUAAUCAUCCGGAUUUAGUUGAUAAAAUUUCUCUUUUAAAGAUUAAUAAUAUAGAAUAUGGGGAUCCUAGAAAAUCUGGAAAAAUGCAAGUUAUUGAAGAUAUUCUUAAACUUUGGAAAAGUCAAGGUCAUAGAACCUUACUUUUUACACAAACUAGACAAAUGCUUGAUAUUUUAGAAAAGUUUAUUAAGAAAAUGGAUCAAUUCAAUUAUUAUAGAAUGGACGGUGGAACAUCAAUAAGUUCUAGACAAUAUCUUGUUGAUAAAUUUAAUAAUUCAGAUGAUAUUCAUAUUUUUCUUCUUACUACUAGAGUUGGAGGACUGGGUGUUAAUUUAAUUGGAGCUAAUAGGGUUAUAAUAUUUGAUCCUGAUUGGAAUCCUUCAACUGAUGUACAAGCACGAGAAAGAGUAUGGCGUGUUGGUCAGAAAAAAGAGGUGAUAAUAUAUCGUUUAAUGACAUCUGGUACAAUAGAAGAAAAAAUAUAUCAUCGUCAAAUAUUUAAGCAGUUUCUUACAAAUAAAAUUCUUAAAGAUCCCAAACAAAAGAGGUUUUUUAAAAUAAGUGAUUUAUAUGAUUUGUUUUCUUUAAAAUCAGAUGAUAUUGGUGGUAGUGAGACAGGCGAAAUGUUUAUUGGUACCGAAAAAAUAUAUUGUCAAUCUAAAUCAUCUUUAACUAAUACCAUGCAUAAGAGUGAAGAGGAUAAAGAGAAAUUAAAAUCUAUCCCUGGUGUUGCUGGAUUAGAAAAUUUUACAACUGGAGAUACUAAAUCUAAAAAGAAAGAUCAUGAGUUUGAAAUUUUGGAGGAUAUAUUUUCAAAAUCGGGAGUUUGUAGUACACUGCAGCAUGAUGUAAUUAUGAAUUCAGUUCAACAAGAAGCUUUAUUGGUUGAAAAAGAAGCAACUAGAAUAUCGGAAGAAGCUAUAAGAAUUUUGAAAGCAUCCAGAAAAAAUAUUCAGAAAUCUGAAAUUGGAACAUUAACAUGGACUGGAAGGUUUAAAGAAUCUUCUCAAGUUAAUUUUAGAAGAAACUCAAAUGCUCCUAUAUCUUCUUCUUUAUUAUUAAAUUUGAAAAAUAGAAAUUGUCUUGAAAAUAAUAAUAUACAAAACUUAUUUGGAAUUUUGAAUGAUAAAUCAGUAAAAUUGAUAAAAAGCAUUUAUGAUUUUAUUAAUGUAAAAGGCGGGAAAGUGUCAUCUACGGAUAUUAUUGAAAGGUUUGGUACAUCUGUUAAUGGAACUCAACAAGUUGUAGAGUUUAGAAAAUUAUUGAAGAAAAUAGCUAAAUUGGAAAAUAAAUUUUGGGUUUUAAAGGAAAAAUUUGCAUAA